UGGAUUUACAGUGUGAGGUAAUCAGCUAUAUAGAAAUGCCCACUUAUGAAAAAGAUAUAUCUUCUACCCAACAUCAGAGCAUAUAUAACAGAGAGAAACGCUAUGAAUGUAAGAAAUGUCAGAAGAAAUUUAGUAGUGGCUAUCAACUUAUUCUACAUCACAGGUUUCAUAUUGGUGAAAGACCCUAUGAAUGCAAAGAAUGUGGGAAGAACUUUCGUAGUAGCUAUCAACUUACUCUACAUCAAAGAUUUCAUACUGGUGAGAAACCCUAUGAAUGUACAGAAUGUGGGAAGAACUUUAAAAGUGGUUAUCAACUUACUGUACAUCAGAGAUUUCAUACUGGUGAGAAAACCUAUGAAUGUAGGGAAUGCGGGAAGGCCUUUAUUUAUGCCUCACACAUUGUUCAGCAUGAGAGAAUUCACACUGGGGGGAAGCCUUAUGAAUGUCAGGAAUGUGGGAAGGCCUUUAGUCAAGGUGGACACCUUAGAAUUCAUCAAAGAAUUCAUACUGGCGAGAAACCCUAUAAAUGUCAGGAAUGUGGGAAGGCUUUCAGUAGGCGCUCAAACCUUGUUGAACACAGGCAAAUUCAUACUGUUGAGAAACCAUAUGUAUGUGAGAAAUGUGGGAAGGCCUUCAGAAAAGGUCAUCAACUUACUGUACAUCAGAGUGUUCAUACUGGUAAAAAACCAUAUGAAUGUAGAGAAUGUGGGAAGGGCUAUACCACUGCCUCAUACCUUAUUCUACAUCAAAGAAUUCAUAAAGGUGGGAAACCAUAUGAAUGUAAGGAAUGUAAGAAAACCUUUACCUUGUAUAGAAAUCUUACUCGGCAUCAGAAUAUUCAUACUGGUGAGAAACUUUUUGAAUGUAGGCAGUGUGGGAAGGCCUAUACUACUGGCUCAAAAUUUUUUCAACAUCAGAAAACUCACACUGGUGAAAAGCCCUAUGAAUGUAAGGAAUGUGGAAAGGCCUUUAGUUUGCAUGGGUAUCUUAAUCAACAUCAGAAAAUUCAUACUGGUGUGAAACCCUAUGAGUGUAAGGAGUGUAAAAAAACUUUUACCUUGUAUAGAAAUCUUAUUCGGCAUCAGAGUGCUCACACUGGUAAGAAACUUUUUGAAUGUAAGGAAUGUGGGAAGGCCUAUAGUACUGGCUCCAACCUGGUUCAGCAUCAGAAAACUCAUACUGGUGAGAAGCCCUAUGAAUGUAAGGAAUGUGGGAAGGCCUUUAGCUUGCAUGGGUAUCUUAAUCAACAUCAGAAAAUUCAUACUGGCGUGAAACCCUAUGAGUGUAAGGAAUGUGGAAAGGCCUUUAAAAUGUAUGGAUACCUUACACAACAUCAGAAAAUUCAUACUGGUGGGAAACCCUAUGGAUGUAAGGAAUGUGGGAAGGCUUUCAGUCGUGCUUCAAACCUUGUUCAACAUGAGAGAAUUCACACUGGUGAAAAACCAUAUGUGUGUAAGAAGUGUGGGAAGGCCUUCAGAUAUGGUUCAGCCCUUAAAGCACAUCAGGGAAGUCAUACAGAUAUGAGACUCUAAGAACACACGGAAUAGGAGAAUGCCUUUAGGCAUGGCCCAAGCUUUGUUAACCUCAGACAAUUCACACUGGUAAGAAAUGACUGAAAGUUAGUCUUUGAGGUAUGUCUUUACCAAACAAGAGAAUUCAUAAUGCAGUUCAUGCCACUUUAGAAAGCCUUCAGUGCCACUCCUGUUUUAAUGGAAUAUCUGACUAUUCAAACAAUGGCAAAUUAAGAAAAAAAUGGGAAUCCCAAUUUCUUCAUGCCUACAACAUGCAUGGCAUGGAAUUUUUAAUUAAAUUUGUUAAUUUCAUGCAUGGCUUAAAAAAAGCCUUCUGUAUUAGUUAUCAAUGGCUGUGUUACAAAUUACCCCAUGUCUUAAUGGCUUAUCACAACAAUAAACAAUUCUCACAGUUUCUGUGGGUCAGAAACUCAGAGGUGACUUGGUUGAGUGCGUCUGGAUUGGGUUUUUCGUGAGACUGAAGUCAUCUGAAGGCUUGACUAGGGACUGAAGGAUCUGCCCCAAGGGGGCUCACUCACAUUGGCUGUGGGCUGAGAGAGAGAGAAUCAGGAGAAAGCCAUCCUCAUCCACAGUGGACCUGAUACAGAUGAGGAAAUCCUGGACUUGGAGUUGAGGCUGUAAAUGGAUGAGACUCUGGGGCUUCUUGAGCUUAUUUUACAUGAGGUAAGAAUAUAAACAGUUCGUACUCUGAGAACCAGUGGUGAUGUUUUAAAAAUAUAUCCACAAAUUAUUUGAAACUGCACCCUUCAAAACUGAAGCCUAAUUCCCCUUCCUUUAAAUGUGAGCUGAACCUAGUCACUUGCUUCUAAUGAACAGAAUGUGCACGAGAGCUUUCUCCUGGUGCUCAUGCUCACUUGCUCAUUCACUCUCUCGCUCAGUCAG